AUGACUCACGGUGAUACUGCAUCUAUACAUUCUUCAAUCUUUUCAAAGCUAGUGCCGCAUAAUAAACUAGGGACAUUGUCAUGUAUAUCAUUAAUUGUUAAUAAAAUAAUUGGUACUGGUAUCUUCCUGAAUCCUUCGCCUAUUUUUCAAUAUUUAAAUGGUAAUGUUGGACUUUUUUUAUUAUUUUUUCUUAUUGGUGGAAUAAUUAUAUUUAGUGGAUUACUUAUAUAUUUAGAAUUUGCAUUGAAUUUACCAUUUAAAAACGGUGGAGAAUUAAAUUAUUUGAUAAGAGUCAUCCCAAAUCCUCGAGGAUUAAUUGGAUGUGUAUAUUCAUUUUCAAUUGUAUUAUUGGGUUUCAGUUCUGGAAAUAGUUUUGCCUUCGGGAAAUAUGUCUUGUAUGCUAUAACAGGAUCUGAAUCUGUCGAUGAUAAUCUUGUAAAACUAAUUGGAGUCGGAUGUAUCAGUUUUUGUUGUUUCUUGCACAUGAAAUAUCCAAAGCAAGGUUCUAAUUUGUUCAAUUUUCUUGGAAUAUUCAAAAUAUUAAUUCUUGUGUUAAUCAUAAUUAUUGGGGCUCUUGCAUUUUCUGGAUUUUUAGAAUUACUGCCCACAGACAAUUUCAAAGAUAUCUGGUCCUUCCAUGAAGGAAAUAAACCUAGUAUCUAUUCCAUAUCCGUUGCUUUAUUGGAAGUUAUAUAUUCAUUCAAGGGUUGGGAAAAUGUAAAUUAUGUGUUGAAUGAAGUUGAUGAUCCGUAUCAUAUACUUACCGUAGCUGCACCAUUGGCAGUUUUAUUAACAACAGUUUUGUAUUUUAUGGUAAUUUUAGCAUACUUGGUUGUGGUUCCUAAAGAUGAAAUGUUAUCAAGCGGAGUGUUGAUAGCAGGUAUAUUUUUUAACAAGGUAUUUGGAGCAAGCAUAACAGCAAGAAUGUUACCAAUUUUGAUUUCUUUUUCUAACUUGGGAAAUGUGUUGGUAGUAUCAUAUGCUCAUAGUGUGGUGAAUCAAGAACUCGCCUAUAAUAACUAUAUCCCAUUUAGUAGUAUUUUUCAAAAUUUCAACUACUCGUUAAUGUUGCAUUGGUUUGUCACUGUUGUGGUAUUGGUUGCUCCACCCAGUUCAGAAAUCUAUGAGUUUAUUGUUAAUUUGUAUAUUUACCCAGGAACAUGGAUCAAUGUUAUUCUUACUACUGGUCUUCUUUACUUGAAAUUCAACAAAAAGAGUGAAAACUGGGGAGAAUUCCAUUUAAAAGAAGACGAAGAGUUAUCUGACAAUGGAUCUGUUGUAUCUGAUGAAUUACAAACUUAUUAUCCUCAUAGAUCAGAAACAGACCGUUUAUUACCAGAAAUAGAAGUCAAACCAAGACCUAAAAUCAUAUCCACACCUUAUAUAUGUGUUUUUAUUUUCCUCAUUGCCAAUAUCUUCCUAGCUGUUUUCCCAUUUGUCCGACCACCAAAUGCUUCGUCCUUAGACAUUCCAUAUUGGAUGUUCCCAGUAAUUGGUACGGGAGUUUUGGCUUUCGGUGCGGUUUUUUAUUACAUUAGACCCCUAAUAACUAAGCAAGACAUUAAAUAUGAAAGCGAUUACAUUGCCUCAUAG